CAACACAACACAAAUUGCAUUGCAGCAAAAAAUAAAAAAAGAAAUUGUGGUACAGUAGCUAAGCUAAGCUAAAAUGUCGGAAUCACCCAACUCCGGCGACUCCCCUACCAAUUCCAAACCCAAAAUACCAAACACCGACGAUUUCACUACGAAGAAAACGAAUCAUGGUGAAGCCUCUGUCUCUGGCAGUGGCGCGAACAAGGGAAGAUCCUGCAAAGGCUGCCUCUAUUAUUCUUCGCAAUUUAAAUCCGACUCCAGGAAUCCUCUCUGCCUUGGCCUCUCCCGAUCCCUCCCUAAUGCUCCCCGGUAUAUUGUUGGGACAUCUGAGAUGGAAGCAUCUAAAGAGGGUAUGAUCCUUAGGGAUUUUAAAUACGGCUGCGUUGGUUAUUCUAUUUAUGCCGACCAAAAGAACCGAGCCUCUGAUCCACAACAGUCUGAACCAGAAUUGCCAGUAUGCAUGGGAAUUGAGGUACUAGUGGAUCGAAAAAUCAAAGAAUCUUUGGCUGAUGGAAACAGAUCACCAGUACCACAGCAUCGGUCGCCUCAACCAGCUAAUGUUAGUCGCGAUGAGUUUCUAAGCAGGUUUACUCGAAAUGCAAACCUGAUUGCAAAUGGGGUAGCAAAGAACAUCCGUAGAGUAGGGAACCAGAUAAAACAAAGCAUCGAUGAUAUUAUGUACCCCUAUAGAAAAAGACCAAAGUAAGUGGAGGUGUCCAUACAGUGGACGUCUGGGAAAAUGAAAUGGGGGCAGGAACAACGCCUUGAGCAGUCACGCACACCUGCUGUCUCGGGCAAGAGACGAUUUCUGCACAACUUCCAGUCAUAUGUUUUACUACUUAUCUGUUGCUAUGUUCAAUCUGAGUAUUGGAGUAGCUAUUUGUAGGGUGCGUUUUUAAAAUCUAUUUUGGCACUCGAAAUUAGUCUAUAAUUCUUACAAUAAAAUCAACUACAGAAUAUGUUAAAUUAGCAUUUGUGAUAUAUGAAGCGUGCCUCAUUGCACAA